AUGCGCCGCCUUCGUCCACGUGUGCCUCUCACCUCGCAGCAGCUGCACGGCUGGUACGGUCGCCGUCACGGUUGCGCUGCUGGAGCCCGGGGCUCUACUGCUGGAGGUACUUCUGCUGCCGUCCCUGGCGCUAGGAGUGGUGCUGGUACUGUUUCUACUGGAGGUGCUGGAGUCGCUGGUCCCGGAGGUGCUCGUACUGGAGGUACUGGAGCUGCUGGGGCUGGGGGUGCUGCGUCUGGAGGUGCUGCUGCUGGAGACACCGAGGCUGGAGACCCUGGGACUGGAGGUGCUGGUUCUGGGGGUGCUGCUGCUGGAGACGUGGAGGCUGGAGACCCUGGGACUGGAGGUGCUGGUUCUGGGGGUGCUGCUGCUGGAGACGUGGAGGCUGGAGACCCUGGGACUGGAGGUACUGGUUCUGGGGGUGCUGCUGCUGGAGGCACUGGGGUUGGAGACCCUGGGCCUGGAGGUGUCGGUUCUGCUGCUGGAGCUUCUGGAGCUGCUGGAGGUGCUGGAGCUGCUGGGGGUACUGGAGCUGCUGGAGCUGCCGGUUCUGCCUGGCUCACCGCUGCCUGCUCCUUCUCCUUACACUGA